CAACAACUCAUCCUGCAUCUAUCUUGGUGAGCGAGCAAGAGACCUAGACUGAUCGAUCUCUUGAGGAGCAAGAGAACCAUGGCAGACCAGCAGCAACCCCAACAGAAGGGGAUGAACACAGUCCAUGCCGGUGGCCUUGACCUACCUCCAGGAUUCCGCUUCCACCCAAGUGACUAUGAGAUUGUUAGCCACUACCUAACAAACAAGGUGCGCAACAUGGACUUGACCUACACCGCCUUCGAAGAGGUCGACCUAAAAAAGACUGAGCCAUGGAACCUCCCAAUUAAAGCAAAAUGGGGUGAGAAAGAGUGGUACUUCUUCUACCUAAAGGACCGCAAGUACUCAACAGGGUUGAGGGCGAACCGAGCCACAAAGGCUGGUUAUUGGAAAGCAACAGGCAAAGACAAGGAGGUCUACAACACCAUAGAAGGGGUGGUGGUGUUGGUCGGCAUGAAGAAGACACUUGUCUUCUAUAAGGGCAAGGCUCCCAGGGGUGAUAAAACCAACUGGGUGAUGCAUGAGUAUAGGCUCGAAGGCAGCAACAGCCUCUCUAGCCCCGCAUCUACAUCCAACUCUGCCGACAACGUCGUGACAACCAUGAAAGCUUCAGCUUCAGCUUUCAAGGAUGAGUGGGUGGUCUGUCGUGUGUUUGAAAAGACCAUUGGGAUCAAGAAGACGACUGCACCGGCAUACCAAGUGGCCAUGGAUGGUGCUGAGAUUGAUCAGCGGAACAUCAACCCGACCAUCCCCAUCCCCAUGCCAGUGCAGCUACCACUGUCCAUGUCCAUGCCCAUGCAAUUUCCCAGCCUGCCAGACUUCACUAUGGAUUUGAUGCCCCCCUGCUACCCCAACACUAGUGCAGAGAUGUCGCCUAUGGUAGGUAUUGGUGGAGGACUUCAGAUCAACGAUGCCCUAUUUGAUAAUUCGAUAGCCGCACUACCACAGAUGAACUUUUACAACCAGAUGGGCAUGGAAGCAACAGCUGACCAAAUGGACAUGGGGGUAGUAGCUGACCAAAUGGGCAAAGGAGGAGGCUUUGAUGUUGCUAUGCUAGAGAGUAGGCCAUCCUCAAUGGUGUUGGAGAGGGAUGAGCAGGCUAAUGCCACUGAGAUCUCAUCAAUGUUGUCUAUGACUGGCCUAGGGUCAGUGACCACCACCAUAGAGAUGAACGACACAUGGAAGUACAAGUACUGAAGAGGUGAACAUGGAUGGUGGCGGCAAAGAUAUGAAUUCACAUAAAUAUGCAUGAUAUAUCUAUAUCUACAUUGCAUUUGCAUGGUUUGUAUAUUUCCUUAAUAACUAGUUGGUAAGCUAUGUGUGUAUGCAUGUACUAGUAUAUGCAUCGUAUCAUUGCAUACCUAGAUAUAUAACAUCUGCUUGGUCAUACUGAUGGUUGUAUUGUAAGGAGCAAAUUGGAGUUUGGUACAAUAUUAUGAUGAACCUAUAUAUUAUA